GUUGAAUCCCGUAAUAACCAGUAUCAUUUUCAACCAACUCUUUCAGAAACAAGCACAAUGUUCGCUAAGAUUCUCGCUGUAUCUGCCUUUGUGGCUUUCGCUCAAGCUGGACUUCUGCCAGCAGCUCACUUAGUCAGUCAACACUCUGUAGAUUACUAUGCUCACCCAAAAUACGAAUUCAACUAUGGAGUUCAAGAUGGACACACUGGUGACAACAAAUCCCAACAUGAAGUACGUGAUGGAGAUGUUGUAAAGGGAUACUACACCGUUGCCGAACCCGAUGGUACCUUGAGAACCGUCCACUACACCGCUGAUGACCACAACGGUUUCAACGCUGUUGUAGAAAAAUCCGGACAUGCUGUACACCCACAACAAGUUGCCCAUGCCGUCCCUGUUGUUCACGCCGCCCCUGUUGUCCACUCAGCCCCAAUUGUUCACUCCGCCCCUAUUGUGCAUUCUGCUCCAAUUUACCAUCAAGUUGCCCCCCAAUACUACCAUUAAUUUUAUGUACAUAGGAUUUGAUUUGUUAUUAUGUAAAUAAAAUGUUAAUAUUUUUUCUAA